ACCCUUCGCCUCCUUUAACCAAAGCCGCCCAGAGUGCAAUUGCCCAGAGUUUAAACAAUGCUGUGAGUUGCAGCUUCUAAUUGGAGAGGCAGGAAGCCCUUCCCUGGACAGACCCCGCCCCUCCCCGUGUGAAUCGCCAGCCUGCGGGGAGGAGCUGGCCAAUGCUAAUGAGCGAGUUGCCAGGCGAGACAGGAACUUCUUUCCCCUUCUCUGUGUCAGGAUCGCAGAAAUUAUGUCCCUUCUCUCACCAUGAGCUGGCUCUCCAGUUCCCAGGGAGUGGUGCUAACAGCUUACCACCCCAGCGGCAAGGACCAGGCCGUGGGGGACAGCCAUGCAAAGGGAGGGGAGGAAGCCACUUCGAGUCGCAGAUAUGGCCAGUACACUAUGAACCAGGAAAGCACCACCACCAAAGUUAUGGAGAAGCCUCCAUUUGAUCGAUCAAUUUCCCAGGAUUCUUUGGAUGAACUAUCUAUGGAAGACUAUUGGAUAGAACUAGAAAAUAUCAAGAAAUCUAGUGAAAACAGACAAGAAGAUCAAGAGGUGGUUGUUGUCAAAGAGCCUGAUGAGGGAGAAUUGGAAGAACAGUGGCUUAAAGAGGCCGGUUUGUCCAAUCUCUUCGGAGAGUCUGCUGGAGAUCCACAGGAAAGCAUGGUGUUUUUAUCAACAUUGACCCGGACCCAGGCAGCAGCAGUUCAGAAGCGAGUAGAGACGGUAUCCCAGACCUUGAGGAAAAAAAACAAACAGUACCAGAUUCCUGACGUCAGAGACAUAUUUGCUCAACAGAGAGAAUCGAAAGAAACAGGUUCAGAUGGCACUGAAUCGCAGUCACUUAGAACAAAUGAAAACAAAUACCAAGGAAGAGAUGACGAGGCAUCUAACCUUGUUGGUGAAGAGAAGCUGAUCCCACCUGAGGAGACGCCUGCUCCUGAAACAGACAUCAACCUGGAGGUAUCAUUUGCCGAGCAAGCACUCAAUCAGAAAGAGAGCUCCAAGGAGAAAAUCCAGAAGAGCAAAGGCGAUGAUGCCACGUUACCUAGUUUCAGAUUGCCAAAAGACAAAACGGGUACCACAAGGAUUGGUGACCUCGCACCCCAGGACAUGAAGAAAGUUUGCCAUUUAGCCCUAAUUGAGCUGACUGCCCUCUAUGAUGUAUUGGGUAUUGAGUUGAAACAACAAAAAGCUGUGAAAAUCAAAACAAAAGAUUCUGGUCUUUUUUGCAUUCCAUUGACAGUGCUAUUAGAACAAGAUCAGAGGAAAGUACCAGGAACGCGAAUACCCUUGAUCUUUCAAAAACUGAUUUCUCGAAUUGAAGAGGGAGGUUUGGAAACAGAAGGCCUCUUACGGAUCCCUGGAGCUGCCAUUAGAAUCAAGAAUCUUUGCCAAGAACUAGAAGCAAAGUUUUAUGAAGGGACUUUUAAUUGGGAAAGUGUCAAACAGCAUGAUGCCGCCAGCCUGCUGAAGCUCUUCAUUCGGGAGUUGCCCCAGCCACUGCUCAGUGUGGAGUAUCUCAAAGCCUUUCAGGCUGUCCAGAAUCUUCCAACCAAGAAGCAGCAACUACAGGCUUUGAACCUUCUUGUCAUCCUCCUACCUGAUGCAAACAGGGACACACUGAAGGCCCUUCUUGAAUUUCUCCAAAAAGUAAUAGAUAAUAAAGAAAAAAAUAAAAUGACAGUCAUGAAUGUAGCAAUGGUCAUGGCCCCGAAUCUCUUUAUGUGUCAUGCAUUGGGAUUGAAGUCCAGUGAACAGCGAGAAUUUGUAAUGGCAGCUGGGACAGCAAAUACCAUGCACUUAUUGAUUAAGUACCAAAAACUUCUGUGGACAAUUCCCAAGUUUAUUGUAAACCAAGUGAGGAAGCAAAACACGGAAAAUCAUAAAAAGGAUAAAAGAGCCAUGAAGAAAUUGCUGAAGAAAAUGGCUUAUGACCGAGAAAAAUACGAAAAGCAAGAUAAGAGUACAAAUGAUGCUGACGUUCCUCAGGGAGUGAUUCGAGUGCAAGCUCCCCAUCUUUCGAAAGUUUCCAUGGCAAUACAGCUAACUGAAGAACUAAAAGCCAGUGAUGUACUUGCCAGGUUUCUCAGCCAAGAAAGUGGGAUUGCCCAGACUCUCAAGAAAGGAGAAGUUUUUUUGUAUGAAAUUGGAGGAAAUAUUGGUAAGCACGUUUUUUUCUCUUUGAAUUUCAUUUGCUGUUUUGAUAUUGCCAGUGGUUAUUAUUUAUGUCUUUGGAGGAAGAACAGGAAAUUAGAAGUAAAAUAUACCAUGCUUUAGAUAAGUUGCUGAAUAUUGUGGAUUUCUUUAAUGGUUUGACCUUUCUCUUCAGGCUCUGUUUGAGCUCCUGUACAAAUGCCCAUCUAUGUUCAAUUUCAGCAAAGGCAAGUUCCCUAUACAGUAAGAAUAACUCCUGGAAUGGUUAAUGAUGCAAGUUUUUCAAAACUCUCUUCUUUUUAAUAUACUCAUGUCACAUAGUAAAGGAAGUAGCUGAGCUUAUAUAAGGCUAAGAUAACACUUUAUUAUAGUACAGUAUUAGAUAUUUUUAGUAAAAGCAGAUUUACUUUUGCCAUAGUUGAUUUCCUGCUAAAUUUUAUACACAUGCAUACACACUCAAAUUCACAUUAGUAAUUUAAAAAAUGGAAUGAAUUAAUUUUGACUGUUUUAUAUUUUACCCUUUUGUAAUUAUCAGUGAGUCUUACCCAUCUCUUUUUAAAAAUUUAAAAUAAUCUUUUUCUCUUUUUUGACUCUUGGAAAUGGUAAGGGUAAAAUUAUUAAGAAAUAAAUGAAAUAAUGUUAAGUUCAAAAUAGUAAUUAAAAAUAAUUUUGCAAUAUUGUAGAAUGUUUUUGUGGGAAUUAAAAAUGUUAGUAAAUAUUAAAAGUUAAAUAUAGGAAUGUGAAGGUUUAUUCUUAAAUUUAAAUAGGCCAUGACACUAGAAACCUGGAAUUGUUAACUCUAUCAGUAAAGGUUAUUUAAAUAUUAAUAUAUUUGAUUUCUUAUUUUACUUUUAGAUCUUGGUAAUUAAGUGUAGUUUCUUAGGUGGAUUCAAAACCAUUGCCCCUCCUAAUAAGAUGAUUAAGCUUUUAAGGAACCAUUAAAAGCCUAUCAUACAAAGUAUUUUCAGCUUCCUAAAUUAAUUUGAAACCUAUUCAUUUGGAGAAAGACUACCAAAUUUAUUUUUCCAAUUGUUGGCCAAUUCUUACAAUAUUUUGAGAAACAGGAAAGAAUGAGAAGUUUUGUUUUUGUUUUUUAUUUGUUUUGUUUUGUAGACAGUGUCUGCCUCUGUCACCCAGGCUGAUGUGCAGUGGCGCAGUCUCAGCUCACUGCAACCUCCACCUCCUGAGCUCAAGCCAUCCUUCCACCUCAGCCCUCUGAGUAGCUGGGACUACAGGUGCAAGCCACCAUGCCUAGCUAAUUUUUGUAUUUUUUGUAGAGACGGGGUUUCAUUAUGUUGCCCAGGCUGGCCUCAAACUCCUGAUCUCAAUCAAUCUGCCCACCUCGGCCUCCCAAAGUAGAAUAAGUAUUUUGAAGUCCAAGACUUAAGAGUUAAAUAAUUAAGGUUAAGUUUAAAAUUGCGUACCAAUCUACCUGCUGUAUUAAACUGACACAACAUCUAUUUUAACAGGGGAACGCUGCCUUGAUGAUGACACUUAUAUGAAGGAUUUAUAUCAGCUUAACCCAAAUGCUGAGUGGGUUAUAAAGUCAAAGCCGUUGUAGAAGACUUAACAAGCUGCAGAUAACCAUGUGGACUUCUGUCAUAGUUCUUGCUGAGUCAAGAGUGUAAAUAAAAGAAAUGGCAGGACUCUUAUUAUUCAGUUGUACCCAACUAUUUAAAAAUGACUCUCUCAAGCCUUAAAAAGUAAUAGAUUUAUGCUGCUGCCAGAAUUAUAUUAAUUAUUAUUAAUGUUAUUAUUAGAAAAAAAAUUUCUGGAGUGAGAGUAAAGAGGCUUAAUUAGCUUAUGGGCAGUUUUCAUAUGCUCUGUGAAAUGUGUCCAGAUGUGACAUAGUUUUUUUUAAAUAUGUGAAAAUAUAUUCUCUUCCCACUCUUUUCUCCUAAAAUCAUAUAUACUGUUAUAUAUGCUCUCUCACCUCUAUUACCUCCUCACAUCUGCCCUUUCCCAGUUAGGUUUGCUUUUUGACCAAAAAGAUAACAAAUACCAGGUAUGGCAAGUUGUGAAGACAGCGCAUUAAAACAUACCUAAUUUCACAGUAUCCCUGUCACGACAGAAUAUUAGUAUUCAUCUCUUUGAAUCAUUUGCUCAAAUAAUAACAUUCCACCUUUUCCUGCUGUAUCACAGGAAGUGAUUUGCAUUUUUUUUCAGUUCAUCUGACUUAUGUUCACAGAACUGUAUCAGCGAUCAAGAAAAUAGGACUGUCAGAAGCUGCCAGUUAUUACUGAACCAUUAAAUACUUAUGUACUAAGAAUAAAUAAAAUAUGCCCAUGUGAAAUAAUAACUGGAUUAUGGAUAACAAGAGAGUGAAAGCCAAAGCACUUUCUGUCUACUGUACUCUUCUAAAUGGAAUUUUAAAAGUCAUAGCUGGCUUUACGUGUUGUCAUAUUAGCAUUAUAAAUAUGCAUGAUAGUAUAAUCCAGUAAUGGUUGAAGAAUGUAUUUUACUUAAACAGGGAUUUUUUUUUUAAGUCCUGAAUAAGUCUACUGGAAGAAUUAUUCUUCUGGGUGAAAAAGCUUUUGUUUGUGUUCUCAUUUUAAAUAAUUGGAGUCAAUUUAUUAAAAUGUUCUCGAAAGUACUAUUCCCAGGGAUUUUAAUGCACAAACCAUAUUGUGACAAGAGAUGAGCCUCUGUACUGUAAAUAAGAGAAAUGAAGUAGAGAAAUGUUAAAUAUUUUAUGAGUUUAGAAUGUAGUAAAUAAAAGGUGAUGUAAAUGAAUGCUGCACAAACGGUGUUUAUGAUACUUUUAGUAGUACUUUAGGAAAAAUUACACAUUCUCAGAAGCUCUUGAUGUCUCUAAUGAAGGGGGGGGAAUGCUGUUAAUGAGAACAGUCAUAAAUUUUUAGCAUAUAAUUACAAGAACAGCCUGUGGAUAUGAUCACUUAAAUAAUUUCGUAGUGAUUCGUGCCAUUGCUUUUUUAUUUAAAAGAAAAUUUUGUAAUUAAAUGCCUUUUUCUAAAUUA